UUCUGAUAUUACUUUCGUUGCUUAAUCCUACAAUGAGACCGAAAAAGGGCAAUGGUCGUCGAAAGAUCAAAAUGGAAAAAUUGGAGAAUGAAAGCAACUUAUAUGUUGCAUUCGCGAAACGCCGACCUACCUUGUUUCAGAAAGCGAGUGAGCUUUCCAUUUUGUGUGGAGCAGAAAUCGCAAUCAUCGUUUUCUCUCCAACAGGAAAGCUAUACUCCUUUGGUCAUCCGUCUGUAGAGAUGAUUGGUGAUCGUUUCCUCACUCAAACUUCACAACCAAGUUCUAGCCACUCCCAACUUGUUGAAGCAUAUCGAAAUACAAAUAUUUAUGAACUCAGUAGGCAACUCACGUAUGUGCUUACUCAACUGGAGGUUGAGAAGAACAAAAGUGAGGAACUUACAAAUAUUAGCAAACAAGGCAUAGGUAAUCAUCCGUGGGAGGCUCCAAUAGAGAACCUAGGAUUACAAGAGCUGGAGCAGUUGAAGCUGGCUAUGGAGUGGCUGAAAAACGAAAUUGAGGAACAGAAGAAGAGGAUUGUGGCAGCUAACCAACUGCCUAUAGUUCCCGUUUCUGGUGCUAAUGGUACUGAAGGAGGCUACACUCAAUUAUUGAAUUCAGUUAUAACAAUGACUCAUGGAUUCAAUAUGGGAAAUGGACAUGUUAAUCGUUGAGACAGGUUCUGUUUCAGGACAACUAUGUGGACUCCUCUGGCUGCUGUGAUGCGACAGAUUAAAUCUUCCUUAUGUUAUAAAAGUUAUUUUAUUUUAUUUUUUAUUCAAAAUCUGUAGAACAAGCAGUAUCUUGGAUAUGUUUUUGUGUUUUAGCUACCAAUGUGUAGUUUCU